GUCCACUCAGAAUCAUUUCCGGUUUGGAGCUACAACGUGCUGUGCUGCUAAAUAAGUAAUUUAUUAAACGAAAUCUUGGAUUGCCCUGUACCUUUGUCCACUGAUGCAUUAUUUAGGUUGUUAUCACGCCACUAGUGAGUGAUUAUUUCCGAGAGUAUCGUGUGUUAAGCUGUUGUUUUACUGCACGAUCAGAGGAUGGCGGAGAAUGCCAGUAACGAAGACUAUCCUCAUGAGAUCGACGAACAGCUCACGGGCUUUGACUCGGCUGUUUCGAGUGUUAAAAACAUGUUGGACACCUUGAUUUCCAUGCCCAGAAAUGAUCUGCUGCAAAAGCUGGAUCCACUGGACCAGGCAAAACUUGAUCUGAUGUCUGUCUACACAUUGAACUCUCUGUUUUGGAUGUACUUGGUCACUCGAGGCAUUAAUCCAAGAGACCAUGGCAUCAAACAGGAACUGGAGAGAAUAAGGACUUAUAUGAACAAAGUGAAAGAGAUAACAGAUAAAAAGAAAGCGGCUCGUCUGGAUAAAGGUGCUGCGUCUCGCUUUCUCAGGAACGCACUAUAUGAUCCAGAGGAGAAGAAUUCAGCAAAGAAAUCUGCAUCCAAGAAGGCAGCAGAGACAUCAUCAGACACACCUCAAAGAAAGAGGUCAAAGCAGAGCUGAGGACAGACAGGCUGUGCUUUUGGACACGUUCUAAACAUAUUUAAGCCUCACUAUGUCCACUUUCAAGAUGUAAUGGAAGAGAGUCGUUAAAUGAAAAGUACCUACAAUUUGAGAAGAAGAAAAAAAAGUCUCAUCUCACCUGUUUUUGAUUUAUUUUUGUAUUUUGACAAAUUUCACAUAAACAAUAUGCUUUUUAACAAAAUGUUGUUUUUCCAUAUUGAUCCAAA